AUGCCGAAAAAGGGUAAAGUGAACAAACUGGCGCGUAUGUCUGACGAGGAGCGCGCCAGGUACCUCCAGCACAGAGCCGACAUGGAGGAGGAGGCGCGCAGGCGGAAGUACGAGCUCAUUGACAGGUUUAUAAAGAACAAACUGGACAAAGAAGAGAAUUACAGUAAAAUAAAUACUGCCAAGAUCAACCAAGGAUGGAGGUUCAUACUACGGAAGAUCAAAUGCAACCAGAUGGCGUUAGAGAUACAGGCAAUGAUGCGAAGCUUCAACUUCCUGAUGGACCGUAAGAACCGUCUCCUGGAGUCGCUGAUGCGAGCGAUCAACGACUCCAACGACCAGCACCGACGGGCGUUCCAGGCGCAUACUGAGAAUUUGAGCUACUUCAUAAAAUUAGGAUCUCAGCGACUUGAUAAACUACAAAAUGAGUAUGAAAAUCAGAAGAGUAAUCUACUGGCGUCGUGGGAGAUGGAAGAACAGGAUAUCACUGACAAGCAGGAUAGUGGGGAAUUCAAACUAGUACUUAUCAAGUUCAUACAGACCACAGAUUUUGAAGCUUUCAAGAAAAGCAAAGAAAUUGAAAGAGCUACCGCAAAGAACGAUGCAAGACUUGAGCAUGAAGCAGAAAUCCAUGACCUUUGCAAGCCGAAGAAAUUGCAAAUUGAAAUGUACUGGGGCAGUUUGAAAGACGUCUACGACUGUUAUUUGGAGAAGCAUAACCCGAUCAUGGGUCACUAUCAGACACUACUUGACAAGGACAACUUUUACCAGCAGGAGAUCUUCAAAAAUGACAUCCAUAUACAGCAAGCUUCGGAAAUUCUAAACUCCCUGCAACUAGAAUGGAAUAAAAUGAACACAUCAAUGGAAAUGAAAUUGAAAAGGAUGAACAAACGAAAAGAGGAACUUGCGAUACGGUACUGGCAAAUGAAGAGAGAAACAAAACUGGAAAGGAAGAGAGAAAAUGAGAGCUUGACUGUAUUAGUUGAUGCAAGUCAAGAUGCUAUUAAUAGGUUACAGGAUGUCAAAGACAAACUACUGAAAACAAUACACUUAUCAAAAAUAUGUAGCAAAUAUGAAAAUAAAAAGGAUUUUGCACUUCUUACUGAACUAGAUGAGAAUGGAACCCCAGUAGAAUUCCAGAAUUUAGAUCAAGCAAUGGCAAAUGAAUGCAAAGAGUUUAGCAAGAUGGACAAAUUCCUUUUAAAAGUAAAUAGAAUAAAGGUCCAGAAUAUGUGCCUCAAAGCUGAGAAAGCAAAACUUACAGGAGAGAAUAUGCAGUUAAAGCAGUACAUCAAGAGAUACCUCACUGAGUUAGCACUGACUGGAGGACAAGCUCGGCCCCACAGCAUGAGAGUACAUUCGGAAAUGGAAAAAGUGCAAAUGAGUAAAAAAUAUUUAAACCGUCCUGUCACAUGUAUAGAAGGGGCAUUAUCAAAUGCAGUGCUGCAUGAAAAGAGAAUGAAGUUGCAAGAAAAGAAAGAUAAAGAAAUUGGACAAGUACGGGCUUAUCCCAGGGUACACUGUUGGUAGAACAUUUUUAGUUGAAAACAAUAAUUAUAAUAUUUUUAGUUAUGUAAGCCUUAUUU